AUGCAACAGCAAUUCUUGCAAGGGCAACGGCUGAAGAAGCGGUACAUUGAUACUUUGAAGUUUAUCAAUGCCACCUAUGAUCCGACAGAGUUGUACGCUCGAUCUGCUGAUACGCCCAGAUGCAUUCAGUCGGCCGCGUCGAAUUUGGCCGCUUUUUACAGCGGAAGCACGCUGCAUCCGCAGAUUGAUGGUUGGCCAGUCAACUGGAUGCCGUACCCUAUUCACUCGGUCCCCGGGCCGGAAGACACGCUCGACGAGGAGGGCUCCAGCGAUUGCAAACGCAUCGGCCUGCUCAGAGGACGUCGGGAGAAGGAUACUGGUUAUGUGCAGUACCUUUUGAAAAACCAGCGCGCGCACAACAUGACGAUGCCGCCGUGGCUGAGCGACUCGAUUUGGUCGAAGCUGAACGAGAUGUUCGUCUACACCGACGAUUAUUUGGAUGGAAGCGCCGUGCCCGGGAUCGGCAACAACGAGAACACGGAGCUGCUAGCGCUGCGGAGCGGCGAGUUGCUCGGCCAGAUGCUGUCCAGCAUGACGGAUGCCGUCAACAACAAGCCGCACUGGAAAUUCCAUGUCUACUCGGCUCACGAUUCAACGAUCACCGCCCUGCUGCGCAUCUACCACAAUAUGUACAGUGUGCUCGGGGUGAACAACCCGGGCUACGCGUCGCAUUUGGUGCACGAGCUGUGGAAGGACACGAGUGGACAGUAUUACGUUCAGGUCCUAUUUUCGGACGGGCCCUACACGGAUUACCGCUCCAUCACGUACACGCUCGAUGAGUGCUCGCACUACGCGUCUGGAUGUCCGUGGAAAAUCUUCAACCAGGGCUACGCCUCCUACGUAAUCCCCAACUUUUGGCAGCGCUGCGCCCAGACGAAC